AUGGAACUUUCUAAUUACAAACUUGAAAUCCCAUCUUACAAGCAGAAAAGAGCCAAUAAAAUAAAGAAAAUGAUUGAGCAAAGUCAUUUUGCUAGAACUCUUCUCUUACUUCUAGCAAUCAUGGGAACUUCCAUGGUUAUAGGAGAUGGCAUUCUCACUCCUUCCAUUUCAGUACUUUCAGCUGUUAGUGGAAUCAGUUCUUCACUAGGUCAAAAUGCUGUUGUGGGAAUUACAGUAGCGAUUUUGGUGGUUUUAUUUUCUAUGCAACUGUUUGGUACUGGUAAAGUGGGAGCUUUAUUUGCUCCAAUUAUUUUAAUAUGGUUUUUAUUCAUUGCUGGAAUUGGUCUCUAUAAUUUAUUCAAAUAUGAUGUUGGAGUAUUAAAAGCUUUUAACCCUAAAUACAUGGUUGAUUAUUUCAAAAGAAAUGGAAAAGAAGGUUGGAUAUCAUUAGGCGGAGUCUUCUUAUGUCUAAUAGGAUCUGAGGCCAUGUUUGCUGAUUUGGGUCACUUCAAUGUUAGAGCAAUUCAAAUUAGUUUUUCUUUUGUUACAUGUCCUGCAAUAUUGGCAGCAUAUGUUGGACAAGCAGCAUAUCUAAGAGAGUUCCCUGAUAAUGCUUGUUAUAUGGAAGAAGAGUUUAUUGGUGAUAUGAGGAUUACAACAACGUUAGUUUCACUGAUAAUGCUUGUUAUAUGGACGAAGAGUUUGUGGAUGGUUAUCCUUUUCUUUUGUGUAUUUGGUUUUACUGAGAUUCUCUAUUUCACUUCUCAACUAACCAAGUUCACAGGAGGAGGAUAUUUCCCAAUUGUGCUAGCUUUGUUCUUGACAAUGAUUAUGGGAACUUGGCAUUAUGUACACAAAGAAAGAUACAUGUUUGAGCUUAAAAACAAGGUUUCUACUGAGUAUUUGAAAGAAUUGGCUAUUAAUGCAGAUGUCCACAGAGUUCCUGGAAUUGGACUUCUUUAUUCCGAGCUCGGUCAAGGAACACUAGCUACAAGAGAAGAAUUCUAG